GAAGAAAUUAUUGACUUUUAUAAGUAUAUGUCUCCCAGACCUGAAGAAGAGAGAAUGCGGAUGGAAGUGGUGAAUAGGAUAGAAAAUGUUAUUAAAGAGCUCUGGCCUAAUGCAGAUGUGCAGAUAUUUGGAAGUUUUAAAACUGGUUUAUAUUUGCCUACAAGUGAUAUUGACUUAGUUGUGUUCGGAAAAUGGGAGACAUUACCUCUUUGGACCCUGGAAGAAGCUCUUAGAAAGCACAAUGUUGCAGAUGAAAAUUCAGUAAAGGUUUUAGAUAAAGCAACUGUACCUAUUAUUAAGCUGACAGAUUCUUUCACUGAAGUAAAAGUUGAUAUCAGCUUUAAUGUGCAGAAUGGGGUUAAAGCAGCCCAGCUCAUCAAAGAUUUUAUCAAGAAAUAUCCCGUAUUACCAUAUCUAGUUUUAGUCUUGAAACAAUUCCUGUUGCAGAGGGAUCUUAAUGAGGUGUUCACAGGUGGAAUUGGUUCUUACAGUCUCUUUUUAAUGGCUGUCAGUUUCCUUCAGCUACAUCCCAGAGAAGAUGCCUGCAUGCCCAAUGCCAACUAUGGUGUUCUUUUAAUAGAGUUUUUUGAACUAUAUGGACGUCACUUCAAUUAUUUGAAGACUGGAAUCCGUAUAAAGGAUGGUGGUUCUUACGUUGCCAAGGAUGAAGUACAAAAAAGCAUGCUGGAUGGCUAUAGACCAUCAAUGCUGUAUAUCGAGGAUCCGUUACAGCCAGGUAACGAUGUUGGGAGGAGUUCAUACGGUGCCAUGCAAGUGAAACAGGCUUUUGAUUAUGCCUAUGUUGUUUUGAGCCAUGCAGUUUCCCCAAUAGCUAAAUAUUAUCCUAACAACGAAACUGAAAGUAUAUUAGGUAGAAUAAUUAGAGUGACACAAGAAGUUGCGACGUACAGAGACUGGAUAUCAAAGCAGUGGGGAAUGCAAAGUAGGACUGAGUCUUCGUGCAACGGUAAUGGAGUGACCUUGAUAGUAGAUACGCAGCAGCUAGAUAAGUGCAACAAUAAUCUCUCUGAAGAGAAUGAAGCACUGGGAAAACCUAGAAAUAAAACUUCAGAAACACUUAGUAAACAUUCUUCAAAUUCUUCAUCAGGUCCCUUAUCAUCAUCAUCUUCUACGUUGUCCAGCUCUAGUGAUGUAGAUUCUGAUGGAACACCUUGCAAAACCUCUAAACAAUUGAGUUGUCGUCAGUCUACCACAAACAGAGUGGGGUCACAAGAAGUGUCACUGGAAUCCUCCCAGUCAAGUGGGAAAACACAAAAUAGCCAAACAGCCAAUACAUCCAGCAACACGAACAAAUCGCAGCAUGGAUCCACACGGUUAUUUCGCUCUUCUAACAAAGGCUUCCAAGGUCCAACAAACACAAGCCAUGGUACCUCAGUCUCAAACAAGCAACAUCAAGGCAGCAAGUCACACCAUCAGUAUUUCCACGGCAAAAAGAGGAAACACAAGAGGGAUGCGGCCCUGUCAGACCUUUGUAGAUAGUUGACUAUUUUAUGACUGUUCUUCUGUGUGCAAUGAUCUCAUGCUACAGGAUAGUUUGAUAGUGACUCCUUGGAUCUCUUCCGGAGCUUCAGACUGUUCAGACAUUGAUUAGCAACUGCAUUUUUUUUUUCCCAGCUCGCCACGGAACGGAUCAUGAAGAUUGAUCACUGCAAAAAAAAAGAAAAAAAAAAAAAAAAAAGAAAAAAAAAAG